CGGAAGUAGUCAGCGCGCUAGAUUUAAAAGUUUCCCAAAGUUUGUUACAUCGAAAAUAAGUUGGUUAUACUCAUUGGUAAUCGAUGAAUUAUACCAAAUUCAUUUAAAGAUAAGUAUAGAGAUCCAUAAUUUGGUAGAAACUCUAGUCUUAGUCUGACAUCGCGAAACAGCAGGCUUGUAGGAAAAAACAGAUGAAACGAUAGCAGACACUAAAGCAGAAUGAAUUUAAAUCGAAGAUCAUCCAUUCGACUCCCUGGUGGUCCAUUAGAAGUGCCAUUACACAGGAAUCAAAUUAGCUCCUUAUCAAUACGAAGUGACCUCAACACAACAAAUGUUAAAAAAAUCACAACUGGUGAUGCUUCUACUGUACGGGAGAGUAUGGUGCAAAACUGGAUCAAUGCAACUGCACAACCGCUACCAGAGGCUCAGUCACCGAUUGCUCAGCAGAUUGGUGCCAUAGAAAUACAAUAUGAAGAUAAACUACAACCAGAGUCUAAUACAGCUGAGUCGCACAGCUAUAACCAAUUGCAAAAUUUAAUAGCAGAGGAGUCGCUGAUUCCUGUAGAGUGCUUCCAAGCCUCUAGUAAAGGCCGCUACAGUAUGUGUAAGGCUGAUGAUCCCGCACUUGAGGUUGCGGAAGUGUCAGAUGAUGUCGCAUUCAGAGACCAUCAUUUUAUGGAGAAAGAAUCUGUAACAUCACUCAUAGAAUCUGCGUCGAGGACAGUGGCUCCCACUAUUGGCAAGGCUGAGAGUGUCAUUAGUACCAAAACGGGAGUCACCAAACUUGGAGGAAAGUCGCUUCUGUCUGGCGUAACAAGAACAAGUAAGGGCUCCAGAGGUUCCAGUUCAAAAAAAGGUCCUAAAGUGAACUUUGGAACAAUAACUCAAAUUAUGAAAUGGAGAACACGUGUGAAGACAAAGCAAGGCAUGGGUAGCUGGAAGAUCUUUGCUACUGAUGAUGAACAUUUGGCAACUAUUGCAAAACACAAUGAGAAUAUUAUUGAAGAGAUUCCACUACCAAUGAGGAAUCACAUAAAACUGCAGGUUCAUCCUAUUUUGGUGCAAACAGCAAAGCAUUACAAGAAACAGCUUGGACAUGACCAUCCCCUUACGAUAGAGGCACUCAGCAAGGCAGAGGAACUUGGAAAAAUAUGUGAGGACAUUAGGAAUAUGUAAGAAUAUCAUGAGUACUAACCAGAAACUUCAUGAAGUUAUGAAUUUGUAAAUCAAUUGUUGUAACCAUGGAUAUAAUGAUGUCAUAGGGAAGAAUGGACUUUACGAACUCCUUACUUUCAGUUUAAGUUUCAGUUAAUAGCCCCCUGAACAAGAGGGCCAUAAAUAGAAACUGAAGUUGAGAAUUCCUAACAUCAAUUGUUCUACUGUGUUACUGUCACAUCAUUAUAUCUAUGGUUAUAACAGUUGAUUUAUAGGAAUUCUUUUUACAAAGUUUCCAUUACUGACUCAAGAUCUUAUAAGGCUGAGAUAGUUUACCGUACCAUAACUUAUACAAGGGAAAUGUAUAUUAGCAAACUUGGCUGUAUCAUCAGCUCAAUGGAAAGCCUAGAAUCUCUGGGUACCUUAAUGUUUGGUUAGUUCUUGUAGAUAUGGAAUGCACUGGAUGUAAGGGACUUUCUGACAAUCUUGACAUAGUAAUGGUAAAGAGGGAGGGGUGUGGAUUUAUAGCAGUUUGCGUGGGCCUAUUGUCUGUUGUAAUUCUAGUCAUAAGAAAAUGCAAUAAAUAAAGAUUAUGAACAC